AGGAAACUACAUAUUUGAGACGUGUGCUUGGUUUUGAUAAUGAAUGAAUGUGUUGUGUUCUGUAUUCUCGCAGUACUUUCAAACUGAUAUUGCCUAAGGGGAUAAUUUGACACUAGAACAAUGCUCAGUAACAACCAUCCUGCUACGCAACAUUUUUCUCACACCACAUAUUAUCUGCUCAUGCUUGUGGUAUGAAGACAGUUGCAUUAGUAGCUGGUUAUUGUUGAGUUGACAAUAUUCAAACCUCAACAAGCUUCACUCUCAGCACCGGCGUUGUAAUCGAGUGACUAAAGCUUGAGUCUGAUUUGAGUCCUGAGCAUGUGUUGAGUCUCAAAAGCAGCAUUCAAGAUUCCCCCUUAGCAGAGCCUGAGCCAUCGAGACUGAAUUUGCUGUAGAGGUUUUCGUGGGUCCAACCAAAACCUUGGACGUGAGACUGGACCUGGGACACAUACGGGUUCAGAUUCACAUUACCUUUGGGUCCAGCUACAACAUGUGCAACCUAAUUCUGACAGCAGGUCUCUGGUUGAUCUUCGUCAGCUUGGCUUCCUCCUCCAGGCUGGUAUGUUACUAUAACAGCUUGGCUGAAAACAGGGCAGAUGAUGGGAAGUUCACAAUUUCUGAUAUUGAUCCGAACAAAUGUACCCAUCUGGUGUACGCCUUUUCUGACAUUAACAAUGUCAAUGAGCUGGUCCCCACCAGCACAGCUGACCUACAACACUAUCUGUUCUUCAAUGGGCUAAAAUUCAGAAAUCCACAGCUCAAAACCCUGCUAGCAGUUGGUGGAAUAACCUUUAACAAACAAAAAUUCAGUACGAUGGUGUCAACACAACAAUACAGAACAACCUUCAUCCAGUCUGCGAUCACACUACUGAGGUUCUAUGGGUUUGAUGGGCUCAACCUGGACUGGAGGUUCCCUGUAACAACAGGAAGUCAACCAGACAACAGGCAGAAGUUUACGCUGUUGUGUCAGGAGCUCAAAGAUGCCUUUGUAGCUGAAAUGACAAACACUCAGCGUGACAGAUUAAUCAUCACGGCUAGUGUCUCUGCUGAGAAAGCAGUCAUCGAUGCCAGUUACGAUGUUGCACAGAUUGCCACGAGCCUGGACUUCAUUAAUGUGCUGACAUUUGACUUUCGUGGCCCUUGGGAAAAUGUCACGGGUCAUCACAGCCCCUUAUACCCGGGAUCCCAAGAUACUGGAGACAAGAUCUACCUAAACACCGACUCUGCCAUGCAGCACUGGUUGGACCAGGGAGCACCUGCACAGUUGCUAAACCUGGGAGUAGCGGCAUUUGGACGAGCUUUUACCCUCUCCACUGCAGCCAGUGAUGUUGGAGCACCAGCCAAUGGCACCGGUGAAGAAGGCUGCUACACUGGUGAAGAAGGAUACUGGGCCUUUUAUGAGACUUGCCUUUACACUGAAGGGGCUGCCAUCUACCUGAUUACUGAUCAGAGAGUUCCAUAUGCAAUCACAGAAAACCAGUGGGUUGGAUUCGAUAACAUGGACAGCCUUAGUACAAAGGUCAGUUACCUAAAAGCAAAAAACUUUGGAGGAGCCUUUGUCUGGUCUCUUGACCUGGAUGAUUUCAGUGGAAAAUUCUGUAACCAAGGCAACUGUCCCUUCAUCAGCCACCUGAAUACUCUCCUGGUUCAAAGUUCUCCAACUCCAACUACCCCAAGUACAACUACAAUUCCUAUGAUGAAGACACAUCCAGGUGCCACAACAACUCCUACUACAACAACAACUCCCACAACAACAACUCCCACGACAACACCUCCCACGACCACAACUCCCACUACCACAACAACUCCCACAACCACUCCCACUACCACAACAACUCCCACAACC